AUGCUCGCGCUGCGUCAACACCUCCGCGGCGCGCGUGCCGCUCAAGCAGCACGCGCAGGCUCCAGCCUCACACAGCAGCAGCUUCAUUAUGUCGCGCAGCCCGCCGCUCGCUUGUUCCACUCGCUGGGGCUCAGCGGCGCGUUGUCCGACCGAUUGACGCAAUUGGGACUCACGACCCCCACUUCGGCCCAAUGCAAGGCCAUUCCGCCCAUUCUGGCGGGCGAGGACGUCGUGGUGGCCGCCGAGACGGGCGGCGGCAAGACGCUCUCCUUCCUAUUGCCCGUGGUGGAGCAGCUCCGUCGCAACCCGCUGCCGCCCAGCGAGAUGCGCCUGCCGACCGCGCUCGUGCUCACCACGUCGCAGGAACUCGUGCGGCAGCUGGCCGCCGUGCUGCACCAGGUCGACCCGGAGCUCGCGCGGCUUGCCGUGAGCUUGUCGUCCUCGAGACAGACACUAGGGCAGCACGGCAGCCGCGCGUGCCCGCUGGUGUUCGCCACGCCCGGCGCACUGCUGCGCGCCACCAAGCCCCGAGACUUCGCCUUCACGCAGAUGGUGGUCGUCGACGAGGCGGACAUGCUGCUGAGCGGCGGCUUCGAGAAGGAGACCAAGCAGAUCCUCGCGACGAUCCGCAAUCAGCCGCUGCUGCGGGCCGAGCUCAAUAGCUGCACAGACAGCGACUACAAGGACCGAGACUUCGACGAAGACGACUUCUCCGCGGACCGCACCCAGACCCGUUCUGUGCGCCACUACAUCGACUACAAGUUCCCGUCCACGGUCUUCGCCAUCACUGACGGUUUCCACCGUACACUGCCGAAGUUGACGUUGCAUGCCCAUAACUUGCAAGAAUUUAUGGCGACCGGCGACUUCAUGGACGAGCAGCACGCGCGUUGCGAGCUGCUGCACCAGAUCUUGACGUCUAACGACGAGGCUGGGGUAUCGGCAGGUGAGAAGACGCUGGUCUUCACCAAUUCCAUCGCGAGCGCCGACGCGCUGUUCGAUUUCUUGCAGAGCGAGAAGGGCAUGGCCAACUGCGCUUUGUUCCACAAGGAGGUGGACCGACCGCAGCGCCAGCAGCUCCUCAAGCGACUCGACAGCGAAGCCGACGCCGACAAGGACCUCGUCGUCAUCUGCACGGACAUCGCCGCGCGAGGCCUGGACACCACCAAGGUGUCCCAUGUGGUCCAGUUCGAGUUCGCCAGCGACGUCGUGAGCUACCUGCACCGUAUCGGCCGCACGGGGCGUGCAGGCACAACCGGAACCGUGUCCAGCAUCGAGUCCUCGGAGAACAGCCUCGUGCUGGACAAAAUCCGCGAGGCCGGGUCGUCCACGCUGCAGAACGCCUUCAGUCGGAAGCGCAGCCUCCGCAAGAAGUUCAAGAAGGCGCUGCGCCCCAGCAACAGCGACUACUAG